UAUUCUGUUUCGUCAGUGAGUGUUGCUGGUGGUGAUGUAGAAUAUGUUCAUUUAUAUUUUAAAAGAAAAUUAAGUUCGGUGGGCUUUUUUGGUUUUAAAAGCUAAAUAAUAAACUAAGUAAUAAACUUGUGCGCCUGCCUACACAAAAACACUAAAGUAAAAAUCUCAACAUUCACUAAAUGUAAUGGUUCCAUGAAUGCCAUUUGUGAAAAGUAAUAAAAUAAAUAAAAUAAAAAUAAAAUAUUAAAACUCGGUGAUAACGAUGUUUGCAUAUAUACGUUGAGCAUAAAACAUUUAAUAUGUCGAUAAUAAAAAUGCCGUAAAAUGAUAAUUUGUAAACUGACAACAAGCACAAGUGGAAGUUGACGCAUUUGAAAACAAGCUAUAUAUACAUUUACGUAGAUUGAUAAUGGAUCUAAAAUCCACCUGAUUGGGAGUAACGAUACAAAACGAAGAGUGCGUAGCUCGUUUCACUUUUAUGAUAUUAAGGAAGGAGGCGAAAAACACACGAUAACUUGCCAAGACCAAUCAUAUACUGAAUUAUUCAAAUUGAUCGCAGCUGUGGAGCCAUUUGCGAUUUUGGCAAUGAAUAUGUUACUAUAUGUGUUGCUAUUGAUAAUAAGCCAUUCAAAUGCCAAUCCAUCAAAAAUGCAACAGAGUGAAUCGCUGCCAUCAGCCAUGGGCUUACGAGUCGAUAGGAUUGCAUUGGGACGAUCUGAUGCAGUCCUUAAAGCAAAUUUUACUGACAUGGCUGAGGCAGGUAAUGGUAAUUUAAGUACUAGCAGUAUAAUUACAAACGUCGCUCAAUUCGAUACAAUGCUAAAUCAUUUGCUGGUGGAUACAAUAACAGGACGUGUAUUUGUUGGUGGCGUUAAUCGAUUGUAUCAGUUAUCUCCAGACUUGGAACUACAUGAGACAGUAAAAACUGGGCCGCAAAAUGAUUCCGUUGAAUGUACUAUACUCGAUUGUCCUCUCAAUGCCAUACGCAAACCAACAAAUAACUAUAACAAAGUGUUGCUUAUCGAUCGAGCCACAUCACGUUUAAUUGCUUGCGGAUCCUUGUUUCAGGGCACUUGUACGGUGCGAAAUCUACAAAACGUCAGCAUCGUUGAGCAUGAAGUACCCGAUGCUGUUGUCGCCAACGAUGCGAAUUCAUCAACGGUAGCAUUUAUAGCGCCAGGACCACCGCAACACCCGGUGACAAAUGUUAUGUAUGUCGGCGUCACCUACACAAAUAAUUCACCAUAUCGUAGCGAGAUUCCAGCUGUAGCAUCACGCUCCUUGGAGAAGACAAAAAUGUUUCAAAUCGCUUCUUCAGCGGUCACAACGGGCACACGAACCUUCAUUAAUUCUUAUGCACGUGAAUCAUAUUUGGUGAAUUAUGUGUACGGAUUUAGCUCGGAGCGUUUUUCGUAUUUUCUCACCACACAAUUGAAGCACAGCCACCAUUCGUCCCCUAAAGAGUACAUCACAAAACUAGUUCGCAUUUGCCAGGAGGAUUCCAAUUAUUAUUCGUAUACUGAAAUUCCGGUAGAGUGCAUCAGCGAUGCCCAGGGCGGCACCAAAUUCAAUUUAGUUCAGGCAGGUUUCUUGGGUAAACCUAGUUCGGAUCUUGCGCAGAGUCUAGGCAUUUCCAUACAAGACGAUGUCCUCUUUGCUGUUUUCUCCAAAGGUGAUGGCAAUAAUCCUACAAACCACUCUGCUCUAUGCAUCUACUCACUAAAGUCUGUACGUCGCAAGUUUAUGCAAAAUAUCAAAUUCUGUUUUAAUGGCAAUGGCAUGCGAGGAUUGGAUUUUAUAUCUCCAAGCAUGCCUUGUGUUCUUACGAAACUGCAAACGAUCGGAGAGGACUUUUGUGGUCUGGAUGUGAACUCACCACUUGGAGGCGAGCAACCGAUCACUGCCGUCCCAGUUGCUAUGUUCAACACAAGACUGACAUCUGUAGCUGCAACCAGCACCAGUGGCUAUACAGUGGUGUUUAGAACCGCCGAUGGAUAUCUGAAAAUUGUUAUUGAAUCCUCGACUAUUGCCAAUGAAUAUGCUAGCUUACCAGUCGAUUUGGGUUCAGCGAUCAAUAAGGAUAUGCAUUUUGAUAAUCAGAACUUAUACAUUUACGCAAUGUCGGAACAGAAAGUGUCUAAAGUGAAGGUUUAUGAUUGCGCUGACUUUCGAACAUGUGGGGAAUGUCUUGGUGCAAGGGAUCCUUAUUGCGGUUGGUGUUCACUUGAAAAUAAAUGCAGUCCACGUUCUAAUUGCCAAGACGAUGCCAAUGAUCCAUUGUAUUGGGUUAGCUACAAAACAGGCAAAUGCACAACAAUCACAAGUGUGGUACCGCAUCAAUUACAGCGCACAACGGCACGUACAUUAGAGCUAAUAAUUGAUCACUUGCCGCAGUUAAAAGAAAAUUUAAUUUGUGCUUUCACAACCGAAGACAAAGCUCUAUUUACGAAUGCGACCAAAAAACGCAAUGGAGUCAAUUGUACAACACCGCGUACGGAUAUGUUGCCGCAAAUUGAGCAGGGUAAACAUCACUUUACCGCGAAACUUUCGGUCCGCACGAGAAAUGGGCCAGAUUUGGUCUCCACUGACUUCACAUUUUUCGAUUGUAGCACGCACUCCUCGUGCACACGUUGUGUCUCGUCGGUUCCCUGUGAUUGGUGCGUUGAAGCACAUCGCUGUACACACGAUACAGCUGAGAAUUGUCGUAACGAUAUCUUGGUGACUGGUAUUAGUCGCAUAGGGCCCAGUUAUCGUUCCGGUCCAGGGUUUUGUCCCACCAUUAAUGCUACCGGCGAUGGUAGCGAAGUACUUGUUGCCGCUGGCACAAGUAAAUCAAUCAAAGUGAAAGUGCAUAUCAUAGGACAAUUUAUUGUCCAAACAAGAUUUGUGUGCCAGUUUAAUAUUGAGGGUCGCGUGACAAGCUUGAAUGCCCAAUUACUCGGCGAUACUAUAUACUGCGAUAGCAUGGAGUUUCAAUACACAUCGCGAUCACCAAAUCUCACAGCAACAUUUGCUGUGAUCUGGGGUGGAUCAAAGCCUUUAGAUAAUCCGCACAAUAUUCAUGUCGUGAUAUAUAGAUGUCGAGAUAUGGCGGACAGCUGUGGAAUAUGUUUGGCGCUAGAUGAGAAAUAUAACUGCGGCUGGUGCUCAUCGACUAAUACCUGCGAAGUGGUUGAGCAAUGCAAUAAAAAUAAUGAUGGCAAAACUGAUUGGCUGAAUCGCAGCGAAAUUUGUCCAAAUCCAGAAAUACAUUCAUUUGGUCCCAAAACUGGACCCUGGGAGGGUGGUACCAAUAUAACCAUCAAAGGCAUUAACUUGGGGAAAAAUUAUAAUGAUAUAUAUUCGGGAGUUCGUAUCGCUGGAAUUAAUUGUAUGCCAUUUCAACAGUUUUACAUUGACACAAAGCAAAUCGUUUGCACUGUUGAUAGUCCCGGUGAGCAAAUGUAUCGCAACGGUCGCAUUGUUGUUCAAAUUGGUGAUUAUCGUGGUGAAUCCAAAGAAGAUUAUGAAUUUGUUGAUCCGAAAAUCUCAAAUUUUUAUCCACGCUUUGGUCCAACUUCAGGUGGAACACAGAUUCGAAUUAUAGGCAAACAUUUAAAUGCUGGAUCUCGCAUACAGGCUUUUAUCAAUGAUCAUUUACCAUGUAAGAUCAUCAGUACAGACACUUCACAAGCGAUUUGCCGUACUUCACCAUCACCGGGUAUCAUUGAGGGACGUCUUAAAAUGUCUUUCGACAAUGGUCCUCGCGAAUUUAACGAUUACAAUUUCAAAUAUGUACUGGAUCCAACAGUGGAACAAGUUAGUUCUGGCCCCAGUGGCCAAAUAAAAGUACCUAAAGGCAUACCAGCUGGCGGCAUUCGAAUUGCAGUGAUAGGUACACAAUUUACCAGUAUCCAAGAGCCAAGCAUUUAUGUGAUCUACAAAAAUCAAAUGUUUGCAAAUCAAUGCCGAGUGCAAUCCGAUACUGAAAUGGAAUGUCCUUCGCCAGCUAUUGAUAUGAAGGCAUCUGAUAAAAUUGUAGUUGAUCCUGAAAAUCCAAUCUUACUGGAAUACGGCUUUCUGAUGGACAAUGUACUGCGAGUGCAAAACUUGUCGCAAUUGCACAACAAUCACUUUGAGCUAUAUCCAAAUCCUGAAUAUUUCACCUUCGAGGAACGCGUCAAAUAUUUUAAGAGCGAAUAUUUGACCAUUAAUGGCCGUAACUUAGAUCGGGCGUGCAAGGAGAGUGAUGUUGUUGUUCAAAUUGGUGAUGGAUAUUGCAAUAUUACAUCAUUGUCCCGGCAGCAACUAACAUGCAGGCCGCCAUCGGAAGCAGCUGCAACAAGAAACAGUCCAAGUGGUCCAGAAGUAAUUGUACGAAUCGGUUCUUCGUUAGAAUAUCGCAUUGGCAUUCUCAGUUACGAGACCUCAAACAUCAUUAUGGAUUGGGGUGAUAAUGUUGUGUUUGGUGUUAUUGCUGGCAGUGCAAUAUUUUUAUUGAUCUUUGUUGCUUUGCUUGUUGCCUACCGAAAGAAAACAUCAGAAUCAAAUCGAGUACUCCGCAAUAUGCAGGAACAAAUGGAUAUUUUAGAGCUGCGUGUAGCCGCUGAGUGUAAAGAAGCAUUUGCUGAACUUCAAACUGAAAUGACGGACUUAACUGGUGAUCUAACGUCGGGCGGCAUACCAUUCUUAGAUUAUCGUUCGUAUGCCAUGAAGAUAUUAUUUCCUAAUCACGAAGAUCAUAUUGUGCUACAAUGGGAAAGGCCCGAGCUUCUACGCAAAGAGAAAGGAUUGCGUCUAUUUGCUCAACUGAUUAUGAACAAAACAUUUCUUUUGUUAUUUAUACGCACCUUAGAGUCCAAUAGAUAUUUUUCAAUGCGUGAACGCGUUAAUGUGGCUUCAUUAAUUAUGGUUACUCUGCAAUCAAAACUCGAAUAUUGCACGGAUAUAUUGAAGACAUUAUUGGGCGAUUUAAUUGAGAAGUGCAUUGAAGGCAAAAGUCAUCCCAAGUUAUUGCUGCGACGCACAGAAAGCGUUGCCGAAAAAAUGCUCAGUGCUUGGUUUACUUUUCUCUUGUACAAGUUCUUAAAGGAGUGCGCUGGCGAACCUCUUUAUAUGUUAUUUCGAGCGGUCAAAGGUCAGGUAGAUAAGGGACCCGUCGAUGCAUGUACACAUGAGGCACGCUAUUCGUUAAGCGAGGAGAAAUUAAUUCGACAAUCCAUCGAUUUCCGUUCAUUGACUGUGAAUGCCAGCAUAAUACAACAACCAAUAUUUUGUAAUAAUCUGGACAUGUUGCCAUCGCACAUGGAAAACAUACCUGUGAAAGUACUGGAUUGCGAUACAAUUGGACAAGUAAAAGAGAAAUGUUUGGAAGCAAUUUACAAAAAUAUUCCAUCCAGUCAAAGGCCACGCAAAGAUGAUCUCGAUUUGGAAUGGAGAACUGGGGCGACUGGUCGUGUAAUUUUGUAUGAUGAGGAUGCAACAUCAAAAACGGAAAGCGAAUAAAAAUUAAACACAUUGCAACAUUACAAUGUUCCAGAUGGAGCUGGACUUAGUUUAGUGCCAAAGCAAAGUUCAAUAUAUAAUUUCAGCAUUCUAUCUGAUAAACACGAAAAGUCUCACAAAUAUGAAACUCUGAACCUCUCAAAAUAUACGUCAUCGUCACCCACAUUCAGUCGGGCUGGAAGUCCUCUUAAUAAUGAUAUGCAAGACAAUGGAUUAAAGUAUUGGCAUUUAGUCAAGCAUCAUGACAGUGACACAAAAGAAGGUGAACGCGUCAAUAAAUUGGUUUCGGAAAUUUAUUUAACAAGACUGCUGGCAACGAAGGGAACCUUACAAAAGUUUGUCGAUGAUCUCUUUGAGACAAUAUUUAGUACAGCUCACAGGGGCUCGGCGUUACCAUUAGCAAUUAAAUAUAUGUUUGAUUUGGACGAUCAAGCCCUAUUACAUGGCAUUACCGAUCCAGAAGUCGUGCACACUUGGAAAAGCAACAGUUUACCUUUACGGUUUUGGGUGAACUUGAUCAAAAAUCCCAAUUUUGUUUUCGAUAUACAUAAAUCAAAUAUUGUGGACUCGUGUCUAUCAGUUGUAGCUCAAACAUUUAUGGAUUCUUGUUCAACAUCGGAUCAUCGAUUGGGUAAGGAUUCGCCAAGCUCAAAGUUACUGUAUGCCAAAGAUAUACCUGAAUAUCGCAAGUGGGUGGAUCGAUAUUACAGAGAUAUUAGGGAUAUGUCAUCAAUAUCUGACCAGGACAUGAAUGCAAUGCUCGCCGAAGAGUCCAGACUACACACAACGGAAUUUAAUACAAAUUGUGCGUUGCAUGAGCUCUAUACCUAUGCUGUAAAGUAUAAUGAACAGCUAACUGUCACUCUGGAGGAAGAUGAAUUUUCACAAAAACAGCGAUUGGCAUUCAAAUUAGAACAAGUUCACAAUAUAAUGUCGGCUGAAUAAGUGUAUGUAUACUACUAUUAUUUUGUUACCAUUUAAGUGAAAAUUAAAAAAACUCGUAAUGGAGAGCAAAAUAUGGUAUUAAAUGUUUUUAUGUAUUAUCAUCAUCCCAAAUAGAAUUUAGCAGCAAAUGCCAUUUCACUAUAUCAAAAUCUUAUGCAAAUAUAUAUACAUAUUUCAAUUUCAAUGUGCACCGCAAAUAUGUAUUCCACAUGACGAGUAUAUACAAAUAACAUAACAUAACAUAAGUUAUUGAUUUUUUCAAAAUUUAAAUAUUUUGGUGUAUUUUAUAAUGCAGGAUAUUUCAAGAUACAAAAUAACAAUAACUCAACUGCCAUUUAGUAAAAAGCAUUAUAGUAAAAACUAAAAUAUUAAACGCGAACGAAAAUCUUGCAACAUUCAUUGAAAAUUUUCAAACAGCAUUCCAUUGAUAAAUCACACUAUACCAUACAUACGCUAUACAUACUAUAUGUCAAAGUUACAUGCAAACUUUUUGUUUUAUGGAUAUUUUUUUAUAUGUGUCUGUAUGUAUUUAUACAAAUGUAUAUUUAUGUGUAUGUACUACAUGUAAGUAAUAAUAUUACUGGCUAAGAAUCAUUAUUACAUAUACAUAAACUAUAACUUAAUCCAAAAACUCGAAAAUCGACUGAAUAUAACAUUGAUAUUUUAAUUUAAAGUUUAUAAAUCGAUGUAUGCUGUAUUUAAAAUGUAAUUUAUUAUUGUGAAUUUGUAUAAGAUUUUUUGGUUAAUAAUUGCUACUUAAAACUACAAUGUCAUAUACAUGACAACACUCAAAUGAUUGGGAUUUUUUGUCAGUCUUUCAAUUUGGGUCUUUGAAUACUAUGUUACCUGGUAACCUUGCAAACCUGUAUAAAAGCGUAACAACUUACUAAUAUAAUCGAAUCGUUACGCCACCCAAGUAACGAAUUCUAAAGUAACGCUUCGACUCAAAUACAACUAUAUACAUAAAUAAGACUAGAGAGCCUAUGUAAAUUUGUAGCAGCGUCAAAAUCCGAAUAUGGUCUGAUAUAUCUGAUACGGAAAGGAAAACACUGCUGAAAAGCCAUACCAUUUUAAAUGUAAUUUUAUUUUAUAUACAAUUGAGCAUUAUUUUUCAUUCUUAUAUGAAAUACAAAUAAAAUACUGGGUAAUAUCUUGUAUUUAAAUUAUUUAAUUUUAACGCCUAUUUAUAGCGUAUGUUUAAAUAAUCUAUUGUCUACAAAAGUGCAAUGGAAUAAAUGAUAUUUACCUUAUUACAAUUUGGUUUUUAUUAUUACAUUAAAAGCAAAUGAUUUUAACGAUUUAAUUCAAUCACAUCUAUAAAUUUUCUGUAACACUUCUCUUUACUUUUGUAUAUUUAUGUUAAAGAGCUGUUCAAUUUAUAAUCAAUGAUCGAAUAUACUUCGUAUGAGUACAAGACAGUAUAAAUAGGUAUAAGUAUCUACAACGUAUUGCAAAAAUGUUGUGUAUUAAUAGAUCAAAAAUUAUUAUUAUUCAACAAAUUUAGUAAUAUUUAUCAGAUGGACUUGGAUAAGUUGAUCAUUUGUUUAUUCUUUCAUGUCAUCUAUAUGAUCAAGAGUAAUGGUUUUCCAACAAUACUGGAGCUCUGUUAACAAGGGCAUGCAUUUUAUAAUUGUUUUCCUUUUGCUCUUCUUAGAGUCAAUCGAAAUAAUAAUUUUAUAUUUUCAUAAGUAUGUUUAUAAAAAUUUAAAACGGAAAAAAUGUUUGGUGACUUUACAACCGAUACACCAUGUUAUCAUAAACUGUACUAGUUUCAAGUUUAGAUUUAACCAUAUUUCCACAAUUCAGUUGACUGAUUUUAGGUUAAUAAUUUUUUAUUCUUUACCAAUAAUGACCCUCUUUUUAAUUGAUUAAUUAUCUAUGUUUUAUUUGCGAAAUAAUUUUAGAUCCAAAAUUUGGUAUGGGGGCUCCUGAAUUCACAAAGCAGAGCAAGUUUUUAUUUUUACUUUGGAUACUGUAAGACCUACGUCCACACUUCAUAAAAAUCCAAUCUAUCUGAAGUAAAUUCAGUUUUUCUGAUAUAGAAUCUAUAUUGUAAAUUGUAUAGUAUAUUUAUAUACUCAAUUAAUUACAAAAUUUGACUAUAAGAACAAUAUAUAUAUUUUUAAUAAGUUUUCAUAGUGCUACCCAAGCAAAUAUGUACGUUUACAGUACACAUAUAGUACACUAAUUUGAUGUGUGGAAAUGCAUGCAAACAGAUUAAGAUUAAAAACUAAUGAGUACACGGUAUUUCUAGCGAGUGGCAUCGAUUAACACAAUUUUAUUUGUGUUAUAGUUAACUUCUGUUAGCAGAAUUCAAUAAUAACUCAUUAAUGCACUUUCACUGUGUGGGUCAUCAUUGAAAUAAUUACAAUAAAAAAAUUACUGAUUUUGAUAAUCGAUAAUAAAAUAAAAAAAAUAUAUACUUUUUUUAGAAAAUAUAAAAUAAAUAAAAUCCCCACCAAACAUAAAUACGAUUGUGUGUAAACAUUUAUAAAACUAACGUAAGGUUAAUUUUAAUAAUUGUAUUUAAAAAAGAACAUCUUAAUCGUGCGCUUUAAUAAUUAAUUAUAUUUUUCAUUAAUAAUAAGAUUUUGUGUCGUGUACUGUAUCCUAAGACUGAAAACACACUUAUUACAGUCAUUAGCGUAGUUUCUCUGAUAAUAUUGCGAAUUGAUUUUUGUUGUGUCGUAUAUGUAUAUAGAUUUGUACAAUUGAACCACCGACUUAAACCGGAAAUAUGUAUGCCAUUGUGUGUGGUCGAUGGUUCUAAAUAUAGCAUACUGCGCUAUUUACAUCAGUCAUUAGGCAUCUUAAUUUGAGAUAUUUUGCAAACUACUCGGUCAAAUUGAACAUACAUUUAAUUAAAGGAAUAAAUAAAUGUAAAAUCAACUAUAUAUGUAUGUAUGUAUGUAAGUAUGCCUAUACGGCCAAGAUUAAUUGGGUCCGAAUAAGGUAGCGCUGCUGGACUAAAAGUUGUUAAGUAGAGCAACAAGUUUUCUGUGCACAAUGAAUCGUCAUUAGUAAUUUUAACUUUUUAAAUGCCAUAAUUCAAGUCAAAUGACAUUAGGCGGCGCUAGCGUUAAGCGAGAUAUAUAUGGGUGUACUCAAAAAAUUUGUGAGAAAACUGUUCGCAUUGCUCAAAUGCAUUAGUCUAAGAUUCGAAUAACAUGAUUUUUUUAUUUAUGUUUGGCUUUUUUCAGUAUUUUAAUUACAAAUUGUAAAAACUAUUAAUAUCAGUUGAAAAAUCCACAUAUAGAAAAAUGAAAAAAACAAAACAUUUAUGGUUGUGCGUAAGAAUCUGUAGUCCAUAAUAAUAUGUAAAUUAAUGUCUAUCAAAUGUAGCAAUUUAACUACUGUAAGGUAUAAAUAAAUCUGAUAUAAAUAACUAGCAGUCAUCAAACAUGUAAUAACAAACUGAAAUAAACUAAUUAAUGCUUCUGACACAAUCAACAUAUCUGUUAGACAAAAAUUGUUUUUGUUCAUUAACCUUUAAUUUUUUUCGUAUAUUUAAAAGAAAACAAAACCCUGUCAAGAGGCUUUCUAUGCAAAUUAACAAAAGAA